AUGUUCAAACACCGAGUACUUCUAUCAAAAAAUCCUUUUAAAUAUAAAUAUCGGAAAUAUUUCUCUACUAAAACUGAUGCAGCAGAAAUUGAUGUACCUUUUACUAAUGGAACACGGUUAAAACUUUCAUCAGGGCGCUAUGCUAGAUUUGCGGAUGGUGCUUGUGUGGCCACUCUAGGCAAUACUAGUGUACUCUCUACAGUAGUGUCAAAAGCUAAGCAAAGUAGUGCUUCCUUCUUACCACUUGUAGUAGAUUAUAGGCAAAAAGCAGCAGCUGCAGGCAGAAUACCAACAAACUUUUUAAGGAAAGAAUUAGGUCCAACUGAACGUGAAAUUCUUACAUCCAGAUUAAUAGACCGUUCCCUUAGACCACUAUUUCCUCAGAACUAUAACUUUGAUACGCAGAUAGUGUGUAAUAUGUUAGCAGUGGAUGGGACCAAUCUCCCAGAGACAGUAGCAAUUAAUGCAGCUAGUGCCGCAUUGGCACUGUCUGAUGUACCUUGGAAUGGGCCAAUUGGUGCAGUAAGGCUUGGUUUAAUAGAUAAUGAAGUCAUUGUUAAUCCAACCCGCCGUGAAUUGGAACAAUCCAAUCUUAACCUUGUUGUGACAGCUGCUGCUACAAAUUUGGUAGUAAUGCUUGAAGGUCAUGCAAAAGAUAUCCUUCAGCAGGAUCUUCUAAAAGCAAUUAAAUUAGGUACAAAAGAAGCUCAACAUAUUGUAAGAAGCAUUGAGAAACUGCAAAAAGAUUAUGGCAAGAUGAAAAGGGAGUAUGAAAUUCCCACAACCAUAGAACAAAGCAUAGUAGAUUCUAUCAAAACCUUAUCUACUAUGAAAAUUAGAGAAAUAUUGAGUGACUUCAGUCAUGACAAGAUAUCACGAGACAAUGCUAUAUCAGAACUACGUCAGACAGUACUCAACCAGCUGCGAGACUCGGAAGUUGAUGUUGGGAAGCUGCAAGAUUGCUUCAAUGGCCACUUGAGACAGAUCUUCAGAGAUCUGAUCUUUGAAACCGAGACACGAUGUGAUGGCAGAGGACUGAAUGAUUUAAGGAAUAUUUCCUGUGAGGUAUCUUUAUAUGAGCCACUACACGGCAGUGCACUAUUCCAACGAGGUCAAACUCAAGUAUUGUGUACCGUGGCGUUUGAUUCUCCAGAAAGUGCCCUAAAAAUGGAUCCUCUUACUAUGAUCACAAGUGGCAUAAAAGAAAAAAGUUUUUUCCUUCACUACGAAUUCCCUUCUUACGCAACGGGGGAAGUGGGUCGUACGGGACCUGCUGGACGCCGCGAGAUGGGGCAUGGGGCGCUCGCUGAAAGGGGGCUUAUGCCGGUCGUACCCCAACACCCUUGCACGGUGCGGCUAACUGCUGAAGUGUUGGAAUCAAAUGGAUCGUCAUCUAUGGCCUCCGUGUGUGGUGGUUCGCUAGCUCUGUUAGACGCCGGAGUCCCUCUUACAGCACCCGCGGCUGGAGUAGCCGUGGGACUGGUAUCGAGGCCAGAUGAGCGCGGGAAUAUCGAAGAUUAUAGAAUACUUACCGAUUUGUUAGGUAUAGAAGAUUACAUGGGCGAUAUGGACUUCAAAGUAGCGGGAACAAAAAAGGGAAUCACCGCCUUACAAGCAGACAUCAAGAUCGCGGGACUUCCCCUCAAAGUCGUCAUGCAAUCAAUCGAAAAGGCGUGUGAUGCGAAAAGCAGGAUUAUCGAUAUUAUGAAUAAAUGUAUCGAUAAACCAAGAGAAGUGAAUAAAGAGAACAUGCCUGUAAUGGAAGAGUUAGAAGUGGAAGCUCACAAACGUUCCAAGUUACUUGGUGUGGGGGGAGUCAAUCUCAAGAAACUAUAUGUGGAAACUGGAAUCACUCCUAUAGACGAAACAAAGUACAGCGUAUUUGCGCCAUCUCAAACCGCAAUGGACGAGGCGCGUGCGCGCAUAGCAGGCUGGAUCGCGGCUGAGAGAACCCCCGAAUUAGAGUUUGGAGCGAUUUAUACUGCUAAGGUUGUAGAAGUACGUGAUAUUGGGGUGCUAGUCACUCUGUAUAGCGGUAUGUCUCCGGCAUUAGUUCAUAAUACCCAGUUGGAUCACAGAAAGAUAAUGCAUCCAUCCGUAUUAGGUCUUGAUGUAGGAACUGAGAUACAAGUAAAGUACUUUGGACGAGACCCGGUUUCGGGGCAGCUUAGGCUUUCUAGAAAAGUUCUUACCUCACCGCCUCCCGGGAUCGUCCGUAAGUUAGACAAAAGCUAG